AUUGCCUUUGUAGCUUCUUGCUGUACACGCAGUUGCAGGCAGGCCCACAUUGAUCGCGACACAUGACUCCGACACGCAGAUAGCAAUUAACGUAUUAAAUUCAUACUGAGGCAUGAACAGGGUAAGGCGAUCCCAUGAAUGCCGGGUGCCAACUCUUCCCUUCAACGCUACAGGAAUAAAUUACAGACAACUUAUUGAGGAUCGUGGCUAUUCAACUAUUUGCUUUGUUGAAUGAAUAGAGUAGAGAUUUACGUAUCAGCCGUCGAUCAGAGACUGACGGGUGGUCUUGAGAGUGUUUACUCAACGUAUCGACUCCUUAUACUUUCCCCUUCCGUUGUGAACGUGUUGAGACGACGGUUGCCGGGAGCGACUUCACAGACUCGGUUGGACGACGAGAGCUACUGUUACAACCAGCACAGAGGUUCAAACCCAGCCUACAUAAACAGGACACUUGUAACACAUUCUCGGCCACUCGACGGAGACUUUUAAGAUCUGGCAACAGACGGCGCUGAGUGAUCCUGCGAGAGAUACGAAAGUCGACGACGUCCAGCAGGCCACGUAGAACGCCGUCGCUGCUGCUACCUUCAACGACCAUGGACCUCUGCGUUUCUUCUACUAUCGACAGAUAAAUAUCCUUUUCUAAUACUUCUGAUAAUUUUACGAUUCUGCUGAGGUUCAACAAGGCGAGGCAAGGGAGGGCGUGGAGCAAGGAUAGUUCUCUUUCAAACUGCCAAGAUGUCAGUGAAAAGUUAUCGAAUGCGAAUUGAGACGGAGGAUCCUCUGUAUUACGGUUGGAAGAAACUGAAAGUGCGGGGGAAAGACUUGGCUAACAUUUCCGAUUCAGUGUUCCAUCUUAUAGAACUGGAUGUCCUUGACCUUAGUCCGGAGCGAGAGGCUUGCCUGGACUACAAGCUCCCAGUAUGUCCACCCACAAUAGGCAGGCUGGUCAACCUGAAGGUCCUUAUGCUUGACACAAACGAACUGAAGGAAUUGCCCCCAGAGAUUGCUCUGCUGCAGCAGCUGGAGAGGGUGGCACUCAGCAACAACCAGCUGUCCUGCCUCCCCAGCAACUUCUGCAAUCUGAAGAACCUCCAGAGUCUUCACAUGGCCAACAACAGCUUCCGGGAGUUCCCGCUGCAGUUGUGUAAACUGGAGAAGCUGGAGUUCUUGGACGUCAGUGACAACCAUAUCAGCUCUCUGCCGGAGGAGAUCCGCGACAUGAAACAACUGGAGUCUCUCCUCCUCUUCAUCAACGACCUCACCAAGUUGCCCGACAUCAUCUGUACUCUCACGCAACUUCGGUGUCUCUGGAUCGGCAACAACAGAAUCCGACAACUUCCGAGAGACUUUGGUAGGCUGGUGAAAUUGGACUGGGGGUUCCGAUACACUUCGUCAGCUCUGGAUGGGAAUCCGCUCAUCCACCCUCCUAUCGAGAUAUGCCGAAUGGGCCCCGAUGCUAUAGACCGGUAUAUGUCGUCACUCUCCGGAAGGAAGUCCCGGAAUAACGACACAGACAGGAGUUAUUGACCUGCACGCCUGUAAUCUACGUGGCAUAGUAAUCAAGAAUGACCAGCACCGCCACCAGUUGUCACGUGUUUCCUGGGUCCAGGGGCAGUAAUCCGUCCAUAUCCGUCCAUGGGUGGCCUAUACCCCUGGUGGACUGUCUGUAAUAAGUGCCCAUGAGUAUUACACUGUGUCUCCCUCAACUACAGGAAUCUCCUGAUGACUUUCACUGAACGACACUGCUCAGUAUUACGGCUUGCAACACGUUGGGAACGUCACGUGAUAUAUUUAUUACACAAGCUUUUUCAACAGAAAGAUGGCUAUAUAUAUAUAUAUACCAUUAAAAAGGAGGGGAUAUUGGAUUUACAAGAUUGAUAAAAUACAAAUGAUGAAGCCAAGGAGGAAACAGAUGAUGGAGAGAAAUUAAGGGAAAAUGUCACAAUUUAUUCCAUUCCUUUGGACAUGUUUCAUCCGUAUGGAUAUAUAUUACUUGUUCUCAUAUACAUUGGUAUUGGCUAGUGGUAUGGUCGCAAAAAGGAAUAUCCCCUACUUGUUUUGAAUGAUAUAUAACGAUAAAGCAUUCCUUAUUUGGUUGUAUGCUCCAGCUCUAUGCACAUACUCCGUGCUUUGUCCAACAAAGCAGAUUAGAUAGUCCAGUUACUACACUGUACUCAGAAAAAAAUAAAAAGUAGCCGCCUACA